AUGGCAUGCCAAAUGAUACAUUCAUGGACACUAAGUGGGCUUGUUGGUGCAUUUCUUGAUCUCUCAAUAGCCUAUAUGUUGUUCUGUGCUUCUGCUCUUGCUUUUUUUACAUCAAAGUUUUUGGAUUUAUUUGGAUUAAGUCUCCCUUGCCCUUGUGAUGGGCUGUUUGGGAACCCCAAGAACAAUUACUGCUUCCAGAAGCAGUUAGUGCAGGGCCCAUCUGAGAAGAUCGGCCGAGUUCAGUUGCAGCUGAAGAGCAAGUUCCCUUUCGAUGUAAUGUGGAGUGGAGACCCACAUUUGCAUGCGAAAUGUAAGUCUGAUCAUGAGAGUGGGCACUUUGAGUUUGAGGGUGAUGCAUCAUGCAGCUCGUUUUCGGAUGGGAAGGGGUUAAGUGGGGUUGGGAGAGGUUCUGUUUCGGGGAAUGAGCAGAGCUGUGAGUCUGGUGCGGUGAAAUUGGAAGAACGGUUGGAUCAUAAGGGAAAGAAGGUUGGUGGUCGAAGGCCAAGUCAUGGCCUUCGUAGGUGUCGCACGGGGGCCUCUGUUGAUUUUGGAAAACUAUUUUCGGUUUCCUCAUGUGAUGUGGUACAGUCGGAUUCCCAAGACAUGGUUACACCUAUCAAUUCAAGAAGGCCAUUUCAUGGUAUGCAACGCCGCCGCAAGGGAUGUUCUGUUGAUUAUGCGAAGGUGUUUUCUGUUUCACCAUAUGAUAUGUUUCAGUCGGGUGCAAGAGACAUUGCUAAUCCUCCUUCCAGCUUAAGUAACGUGGGGAAUCAGGGUGCUGAAGUUCCUUCCAGUUCAGAUGGCAUGGAAGCUCCGAAGCCAGAAAGAGUUUCGCGGCUUGAGUUGAAUGAACAUGUUGGUAAAACUAAAUCGAUUGAGAAUGAUGCUUCAUCUGUUGAAAAUUUUGGAGCCAAUGAGCAUGAGAAGCCAGCGUAUGAUAGUAAUGAUAAAACUAUGGUUCGGGUGUUGGAACAAGCACUAGACGAAGAGCAUACUGCCCGCACUGCUCUCUAUUAUGAAUUGGAGAAGGAGAGAAGUGCUGCUGCUACUGCGGCGGAUGAGGCCAUGGCCAUGAUAUUGCGUCUGCAAGAGGAGAAGGCAUCAAUUGAAAUGGAGGCAAGGCAAUACCAGAGGAUGAUACAGGAAAAAUCAAUUUACGAUGCUGAGGAAAUGAAUAUUCUCAAAGAGAUCUUACUUAGGAGAGAAAGGGAAAAGCAUUUCUUGGAGAAAGAAGUUGAGUACUACAGGAAAAUACUCUUUGGAAACGAUCAAGUUGAUGAUGACAUGCAUAAUGUUGCUGCCACAGGAGCACAAAGUAUUUCGCGGCUUCCAAGUAAAGAGCUGUUGUUGAUGCUGGAACGGACAAGCGAUUCAAUUAGUGAGAAGUCAAAGUUGAAAAUGGCAAAUAGUACUUCAGAUUAUGGGGCACCAUCAAGUGACUCACAAAACCGCACUCUGGAUUUGGGGACAGAACUACCAGUUCCAGAUUUGGAAGAAGGUGACUCUUCGAAGCAGAUCGACAUGCACUUGCUUCAAAGCGUUGACAGCCAUUCACAUAUCUUAAAUAAUAUGUAUGAGAUCAAUCACAAGGUUCAAGAGAAGGGAAUGGUGUCUGUGGAUGAGAAACGUGUUUCUCAGGGAAAAGAGGUCCAGGUAUUGAAUGCUGAGGGACUUGAAUUGGUUGAAAAAACUAAUCCUCCUAACGAACAUGAACUUGAUGUAGCUGGUAGCAAUGUGGAUCAGGGAAGCAAAGAUCCACUUAGCUCAACGCCCAAUACAGAGCCUCAUGUUCAUGAUGUUCAUGUUAUUGUUGAGAAGUCUGAUUUCUAUAAUGAAAAGAGUGCUGAGAAAAGUGAACAGCUAUUAGCAAAUGCUACCUUAGAUAUUUCUGAAACACUUAAGAGUAUAACAGGGUCGGGAACUGAGCAUAAAGUGCACGGAGUUGGUUCAGACACGGGUAGUGAAUUGUCAAUAGUGGAUGGCUCUCAAGGUAAAGCUUUACCUUACGAUAUGCGGAGAAAUUCCAUGUCUUCGGUCGAUUAUGAAAAAUCAAAAAUACAAAAUAAACUGCACCGAGGUGGUCCAGACAAGACACCUAAUUACAUGAGGAGGAAUUCCAUGUCUGCAGUUGAUUAUGAAAGAUGGAAAAUCGACAACAAAGUGGAAAGAGGUAGUUCAGACACAGAACCUAAAGAUGUGCGGAGAAAUUCCAUGACUGCAGUUGAUUAUGAAAGAUGGAAAAUGGGCAAUAAAUCUUUCAAAGGUAGUUCAGACACUUCGCCGUCACCUUCUGUCAUGCGAAGAAAUUCCAUGUCUGCAGUUGACUAUGAAAGAUGUAAACUUGACAAUGAAGUUGAGUGGCUUAGAGAAAGGUUAAGGAUUGUGCAAGAGGGAAGAGAGAAGCUCAACUUCUCAGUGGGGCACAGAGAAAGGGAGAAAGUUCAGCGAAAACUUUUGGAAGAUAUAGCAAGCCAGCUCCAGGAGAUUCGGCAAUUGACCGAACCUGGAAAGGUCAAGUGCCAGGCUGCAUUGCCUCCUCCAUCAUCUAAGGUUAUGUCAAAGAAAAGACGAUGGCGAACUUUGUCUCUAGGAGUGCAUAGAAGUACCUAACAGGGUAGGAGUGUUUCUCAUACGAAUGACAGCUGGGAAGCUGUUGCGCUCAUUUCCAGACACUACAAGGAAGCUGUUUCACCUUAGUUACACUUGUAAAUGUUUGUCCUGAUCGUUUAUGGGUCUUUUCCUUUUCAGUUACCUAGUUUCCCU